UACAAAUUUUUAAGUUGUAACCUAAUGUUAUUUUAAAUUCAAUAUUCUUUAACAGCUUUAAAAUGGUACAUCAAGAAAUAUCUUGCGGACUAGAAUACGCAAUAACACCAGACUUACAAAUGUGCAUUGCUGAAGCAAUACAGGCGAAAUAUGCAUUUAUUGUUACACCAAUAAUUCAUCCGCGCUAUCGUCGACCGUUCUUGCUGAAGAAUAGAGUUGGUGGAUUUACUCGUUCUGAUAUGAUACUAUCGCCUCAAGACUGGACCACUAGAAUAGUAGCUAGAAUUUCGCCAUAUAUAGAUGUUGAUGCUAAUACAAGUGUGGUAAAACGACGACAUGAAGAUUGUCUAAUUGAGGAAUUACAAUAUUGUCGCGGAGUAGGAGUACCUGCGAUUAUGUUGAACAUACGUUCUAAAAAUAAUGUAAAUUUAGCUAGAAUUUUGCAUACAUUUCAAGAAACAAGCCAUCAUACUACAUACAUAUGGGCCUGUGUUCCCAUGUAUUGUGCUUCUACAUCGGAAAAAUAUAAAGAUAGUGAAGAUGAAGAUAUUGCUUACAAUGAAACUUGGAGCUGGUGGUCUAAGUUUCAUGAGUAUAUGAAAUGGGAUAAAAGGGUUGGCGUUGUGCUGGAAGUCUCUGCCGAUUUACCAUCCCAAGAUGUUAUCCAAAGAUGGCUUGGGGAACCUGUAAAGGCUAUAAUUUUGCCUACCCAUAUUUUCAUUAAUAAUAAGAAAGGAUACCCAGUGUUAUCAAAAGCUCAUCAAAGUUUUGUCACUAGUAUGGUAGAGCAUGACGCCCAAGUUAUAGUAUCUGGUGCAAGAAGAUCAAAUAUGGAACAUUAUUUGCAGUAUUUACAUAGAAUAUGGCAGAGAAGAACCGAAUCUGCUCAUGAUCCGAUGCUGAACUUUGCUAGAGGUUGGGAAGACUACCUACAGACACCAUUGCAGCCACUUUCCGACAACCUCGACACUCAUACUUAUAAUGUUUUUGAGAAAGACCCAAUAAAAUAUGAUCAGUACCAAAAAGCUAUUGUGAGUGCUCUGACAGAAAUUAAGAAAAAGAAAAAAGUGACAGGAAAAACUCACUUAGAUAAUCAAGUAAAUGCUGCUGAAAACAAUGAACCCGUUGUUGUAAUGGUUCUUGGAGCUGGUCGUGGCCCAUUAGUUCGUGCCACAUUUAAUGCUGCCGAUAAAACCAACACAAAUGUUAAGGUAAUAGUUGUUGAGAAAAACCCCAGUGCUGUUGUAGUGUUAGCCGACCAAGUUCAUGGAUCAUGGAGAGAUCGCGAUGUAUCACUCAUACACGGGGAUAUGAGAUAUGUAAACUUAACUCCAAAAGCAGACAUAAUUGUUUCAGAACUAUUAGGAUCAUGGGCGGAUAAUGAACUAUCUCCAGAAUGUUUGGAUGGAGCAUCUAAUCUCUUGAAGCCCGGUGGCAUCUCAAUCCCAUGUCAAUAUAGAUCAUUUGUAACUCCCAUUUCAUCACCGAGACUUUGGAUUGCUGCAAAAAUGGCGAGCACUGGUGAUGUACGAACUAAGGAAAAGAAUCUUGAAAAACUGUGGGUUGUAUUUAUGCGAAACAAGCAUGAUAUCGCUGAUUGUAAGCCUGUAUUUACAUUUGAACACCCGGCAAAACCCUUAAAGAAUAAUGAUGGUGAAGAUAUGUUUGAUCAUAGAGGAUCACCGAUGACGGACAACCGUAGAGAUGUAACACUCACAUGGGAUGUUAAACAAGACAAUGUUAUGCACGGGUUCGGUGGAUAUUUUGAUUGUCAAUUAUUUGGAAAUGAAACACUCAGUAUAGUGCCUGCAACACAUAGUCCCGGGAUGAUAUCGUGGUUUCCUGUAUUCAUUCCAAUAAAGACUCCUUUAAGGGUUAAGAAGGGUGACACAAUAAAGGCAACAUUUUGGAGAUGUUGUGACACCAGACGUGUAUGGUACGAGUGGAUUGUAGAAGUAAAUGAUACUACCACCAGUAUUCAUAAUUCAAAUGGAUGCAGUUCUGAGAUGCUUUUAUGAUCUUAUCUUAAACAUUGAUAUAAGGAUAAAUACAGAAUUUAUAUUAUA